AUGCCAAUAGACACACUGUUUAAACUGUUCUCAGAUGGUUCUUUUGACACACAAAAGAAGUAUUUCAUUGAAACUGUUGUUCAGAACAGAGACUUGGUCUUUGACCCAGAAGGAUCGAUUGAUCCAAAGUUUUCCAAAGAAACUUUCCACAUUGUUUCGGUACCACCAGACAUUGCCUUUGAGUCGAUUUUCUUCCAAAUACUUUCCAAAGAUUCACUCGUCCAAUUUUUAGUUGUGUUUUCACAGACUUACACGUAUGACUACUUUUUAUCCAAACUCGAGUCGAAAUAUAAUAUGUUCAACGUGUCAACUGAUGUUUCAAAUUACGAGAAAAAGCGACUCAAAGAAGUAGCCGAACUUUAUUUUGAAUUCUAUGGGACUCUGAUGCCACUGGAUAUCAGACAGAAGUUAGACGAUUUCAUCAAAAGAGCAACAGAACUGAAAACCAGAGUCGUCCAAUUUGUUAAUCAAACAACACUUUUUGAAGGACUUCAUGUGUCUGCAAAAUCAAAACAACAAUUACAAAGCACCAAAAGAAGUACACCACGAAGUCGCACACCACGGCAUUCUAACAGCUUGGAACGACAAGACGACUCCAUAAAAAAGCUACAAGAGUCUGUAGUCGACAUCAAGAACAGAGAGAAGUCAAGUCUUUCUAAAAACAGGACACAGAGUUUACUGCAAAUAACAAACACAAAAGUCUCAUUGGCCGACAAGAAAGCGCUUGUGACAACACCAAAGGGGUUUCUGAGUGUUGAUGAAAUUGUCAAGAAAGUCACUGCAAAAAUUGAUAUCAAUUCACUCUUAAAAGAAACGGUGGACUACAACGAGAAGACGCAGAAACCUUUGAGUAUUAUAGAAAUAUCUCCAAGACUGUUAGCAGAGCAGUUGUAUGUCACCGAUUUGUAUUUGAUCAAAAAGGUGUCAAUAGGCGACUUUUUGAGUGAAAGUGCACUCUCGAAAAAGUACUCCCAAGACUUGAACAGUAUCAUUUCUGCAUUUGGAAAAACAGUUGGCGUUGCUACAAACAAAACUGAGAUAUUUGAAUUUUUCAUUAGUGUGGCGUGUGAGUGUUUGGAAAUCUCAGAGUACAACUUUGGGUAUCUCAUUUAUUGCGAAUUCACUUCAUUGAGCAUCAAAAUGGAAUAUGCAGAAGCAUUCGAACACGUGGGAAAAGCAAUAAAAGAAAAGUACAACAAACUCAACAACAUCUUUUCUAUUUCAAAAAAGAACACUUACUUCGAGCACUUCGACAAAGUCACUACAAACAAAUUCCCAAUCACCUCUUAUUUGACUGCAGCAGUUGUUGCAAGCAAUGUCACAAAAAUGAAAGACUUCAGUGGUGAAGAUUAUAACCACAAUUUUGUAAGUCGAAUGAAUAUCCCGGGUAACGUAAUGGUUGCGUUAUACAACGUUUUGAAAAGUACUAUUAAAUACACGCCUCAUAAAUUAAUACAAAAGUACUUGGCAAUGUGUCUCAAUGGAUUUGAGUCUGUAUAA